UUCGUUCGCCAAAUAGCUCAAUCAUCACAAGACGACGAAAAAAGAAAAAAGAAAGAAAAAUGUGGGUCUCAACUCUUCCUGUGCUUUUGAGCAUCUGAACAGUUCAGAUUGAGGAAUCGAUCUUUCGUUCCACUUUCAGACUUGCUGUGGUCUGUGAUCUUUUCAUUUAUCCAAUUUCUCAAACCUCAACUUAAAGGUAUUGUUAAUUGAUUCUCAUAACCCUUGAUAUUAUCUCUUCACAUAGAAUUAGAGCUGUUUGGAACAGUUGUUGUUGUUGUUCUUCUGGAGUAUGGAGAAACAGAACAGUUUUCGGGCAUCUACAAUGGAAAAACAGCAGAGUUUUCGGCGGGUGAUGGAGAAACAGAAAAGCUUUCGCGGAUUUAUGGAAAAACAGAAGAGUUUCCGGAUUGUGAUGGAGAAGCAGCUGAGCUUCAUCGGCAGUGAGAGAAAAAAGAGCAAGGAGUCACCUGGGAAACGUGGUGACUUGCCAAUUCAUUUAGCAGCCCGGGGAGGGAACUUGAGCAGAGUGAAAGACAUAAUUGAAAACUCUGCUAAUUCUGAUGUGAAGGAUUUCUUAUCUAAGCAGAACUUUGAAGGGGAGACCCCUCUUUAUGUUGCCGCAGAAAAUGGACAUGCUUCCGUUGUUAGUGAGAUACUUAAGUUCUUGGAUCUACAAACUGCUUCUAUUGUCGCCAGAAAUGGCUAUGAUCCUUUUCACGUCGCAGCAAAGCAGGGUCAUCUUGAGGUGCUGAGAGAACUGCUGCACUUCUUUCCCAACUUGGCCAUGACUACAGAUUUGUCCAAUUCAACUGCUUUACACACAGCUGCAACUCAAGGUCAUAUUGAUGUGGUUAACCUCCUCUUGGAGUCAGAUUCAAACCUUGCGAAAAUAGCCAGGAACAAUGGUAAGACUGUCCUUCACUCAGCUGCUAGAAUGGGGCAUUUGGAAGUUGUGAAAGCCUUAUUGAACAAGGAUCCAAGCACUGGAUUUAGGACUGAUAAGAAAGGUCAAACUGCACUACACAUGGCUGUGAAGGGGCAAAAUCAAGAAAUUCUGCUGGAAUUGGUAAAACCCGACCAAUCAGUUUUAAGUCUAGAAGAUAAUAAAGGAAAUACAGCCUUGCAUAUUGCCACAAAGAAGGGCCGUAUUCAGAAUGUUCGCUGCUUGUUAUCUAUGGAGGGUAUCAACAUCAAUGCUACUAAUAAAGCUGGAGAGACUCCUCUAGAUAUUGCAGAGAAAUUUGGAACUCCAGAACUCGCCUCCCUUUUGAGGGAUGCUGGGGCUGCCAAUUCCACCCACACUGGGAAGCCAAAUGCAUCAAAGCAUCUUAAGCAGACUGUCAGUGACAUAAAGCAUGAUGUUCACUCCCAACUUCAACAGACUCGUCAGACUGGAGUGAGGGUCCAAAAAAUUGCAAAGAAGCUGAAAAAACUCCACAUUAGUGGCCUGAACAAUGCAAUAAAUUCCGCUACUGUUGUUGCUGUUCUCAUUGCUACAGUUGCUUUUGCAGCCAUUUUCACAGUUCCGGGUCAAUAUGACGAGACGAAAACCCCCGGCUUUUCACUUGGACAGGCAAAUAUUGCAAAAAAUGCAGCUUUCUUAACCUUUUUUGUGUUUGAUAGCCUGGCUUUAUUCAUCUCUCUGGCAGUUGUGGUGGUUCAAACUUCGGUAGUCGUGAUUGAGCAGAAGGCGAAGAAGCAGCUUGUUUUUGUCAUAAACAAGCUCAUGUGGUUGGCUUGCCUUUUCAUUUCCAUUGCCUUCAUUUCUCUCACAUAUGUAGUGGUGGGAUCACACUCCAGAUGGCUUGCUAUAUACGCAACAGUUAUUGGAAGCUUGAUAAUGCUCUCUACCAUUGGCUCCAUGUGUUAUUGUGUCAUUUUGCACAGGAUGGAGGAGACAAAAUUAAGGGCCGAGAGUCGUUCAUACUCCAUGUCUCAUGCAUCAGAUCAAGAGAUUUUGAACAGUGAAUACAAGAGGAUGUACGCACUUUAGGAUAGUUCAUAAAUUAAUGGAAUGACCUUAAUCCUGCUGCAUUCUUGCAAGUGAUCAUUGCUUGGCAGUUGCUACUAUGCUCUAGCUAUGGUCUUUGAUAGUCCACAGAAACUGAAACAUAAAGGAGGCCAAUUUUGUAUUUGGAGUUUACUGCAUAUCGGUUUCCAAUUCCAUAAGUACUGUGCAGAUGUGAAGAUUUCAAAGUCAUGUGUCCCUCUUAUACAUAAUAAAGUUAAUGCAUGUAAGAUAUUUUUAUCUUUUGGUGUCUAUUCAUGUAAGAUAUGGAAUGGCUUUGUAAUGGUAAUGGAUCGAUUCUAAAGGGAGUUCAAUGACGGAUCAAUUCAGAAGAGGGAGAAUGUGUGUGUUUAUAUUAAAUUAAAUCUUUUAAUAAAAUAGUACUAAUUUUUCUAA